CGAUUCACGCUUUCUGGAUAACAUCUGUGUAUUAUUUGCAACUAUCAAGAAUAAUUAUCAGGUCUAGGACAACUUUUUGGCAUUUUUGUGAUUUAACUGCAAGAUUUCGCUCCAGACAAUGUAUUCUUGCAUACCCUUCUUGAUUGUUCUGGUGUCAAUCCUGACACCAGAAUCAGGAGCACAACAGGCGGCGAUGAUCAAAUCUAGGUAUGAUAAUCAGAUGGUGACUUCUACGACUCUUCAAUGGCGACACGCAGGAACUAAUGGGCAUAUAACCGAUUUAUGGAAGGAAGGAGUUAUAGCUGGCCAAGAUAUUCUUGCUCCCGAAAAUGAAUUGACAUUUUCCGGAAACGAACAUCAUGAAGAGUCCAGAGGUGCACAACUGUACGUUUGUAGGGCUCGCUUGAAUGGCGUCUGGGUGGCUGGCGGAACCAGGAAUGAAUCAGCUAGUUGUGCAAUAGGACUACAUGGUCAAGUUAUGGCGGUUUCUCAUUACGAUGUGCUUCUGAAUACUGAAGGUGGUGGACGCCUUACUUGGAGCACUUGGAAUAGAUUUACUGGAAUUCCCAUGGGUGCUGUCGCAUCUGAAGUUCGAGGAAGCGGUGGACUUGAAAUGUAUUCUUUUGUUGCACGUAGAGCGGUAAAUGCUGAUGAUAAUGAUGCACAAGGCGUUUCUCAUUAUCUCGGUCACAUCGACAUCGAAGGCCAGCUAGAUCCCGGAAAAAUAUCUGUUGUAGAAUCGGAUCUUCUGAAUGAAGUUUCUUCCUCAGUCGAGACGUAUCACACAGAGGGCGAAAUCUUAGUUGAGACGGAACCUGUCCGUUAUGAAUUGCGCAACGUAAAAGAAAACCGUUGGCGUUCGCGAAUCACGUCUAAACAACGCAAGAUGUUGGCUAGCGUACUUCUGAAAAAUGAAGAAAUGAAUGGAUUUGUAGAUGUUGAAGCAAUUUUGGCCUAUAAUUAUACUAAAUCUCAAUAUUGGGGACAAGGCCACGCAGCCAUUACAGCUUUGCCGUUGAGUGUUUAUCAUCAAAAUGGUACCAUGAUUGGAAAUUUAACUUGGGGCCAGAGGGGGCACCAGCAGGAACAACAAUUGAGACAAGUCAGAUCUAGUUUACCCGCGGGAGCUGCACAGAAUGUCUCGGUGGUUGGAAAUUUGACAAAGAUUGAACGGCCGUAUUCAGGAAAACUCGUUUCUAUCUACGCCGAUGGCCUCAAAAUGCAACGCGAUUUGUCAACGAGUCUAGAACGCGAGGAUAUGCUUGAUGUAGAAGUCAUCUAUGGUGAAAUGUAUUUCCUGCACAAUGGAAGUUUAGUUCCGACAACUACGACUACAACGACGACCACAACUACUACAACGACGCAAAGGGCCACCACCAAAUUGAGCACGAGUACCAGCACUAGCACACAGGAACCAACUCCAAUGAGGUCUCCUCCUGAAGAUUUCCUCUCAAAUGUAGACAGUAAUGACAUAAUGCCCGAUGAUGCAGCUUUGUCUCUUCAAAAGGAACCGAUGCCAAAACAUUCUAGUUCGGAAUGCGUUUUCAACAAAAAUGGAAUCUUUUUCACUCUUUUUGAAAAAUGUGCUAAAGAAUGCUGUCAAGCACUCGAACAAUAUGGUGUUGCCUUGGAAUGCAAAACUACAAUUGAAUAA